UCGGGGGCCCGCCAUCGAAGUUAUUGAAAUUCGAAGGAAGGGUGGCGUUGACGAUCAACCAUCAUGUGACUCAAGAAUCUGCUCCUGCCACUUUCCCAAUGGUGACGAGAAUGAGGUGCCGACGCUGUUCCCGUGGAACAACUUCCAGGAUAAAAAAUCGAGGCCGUUCCAGGACAAGAACGAGGCUGCGCGUCGAAAACGCACACUUCGCUCUGCGGACAGUAUCGAUGGACGUAAGGCCGGCGGCUCCAGCCUGCCUGCCGACGGCGCCAGGGUGGUGGACUGUGGCGCCGCAGCCGGCGUUGUGCACGUGCGAGUUGUCCCUGGAGCACGCGAGCCCCUGAGCGCCCCAAACACACCGGAGCUGCCGCGGCCGUUCCAGGACAAGAGUGGGGCUGUGCGUCGAAAACGCACACUCCGCUCUGCGGACGGUAUCGAUGGACGUAAGGCCGGCGGCUCCAGCCUGCCUGCCGACGGCGCCAGGGUGGUGGACUGCGGCGCCGCAGCACGCGUUGUGCACGUGCGGGCUGUCCCAAGAGCAGGCAAGCCCUUGAGCGCCCCAAACACCCCGGAGCUGCCGCGGUUGUCCUCAAGCAAAACUGUGUAUUUGGUGUCAAAGAACGGAAAGAACCGCUCACCGGCGACUCUCCUACACAAGGCGAAGGACCACGCACCCGCCGCUCUCGUAUGGAGGGUGAGGAAUUGCUUACCCGCCACUGACACGCACAAGGCUGGAAACUACUCACCUGUGACUCUCCCGCACAAGGUGAAGAACUUCCCCGCCGUGGCUCGCCCAUACAAGGCGAGGAAGAACUCAUUCGCGGCUUUGCGCGAGCCAUGCUCAUCAUCCUCGGAGCAGAAGGAAUGUGACUGGAAGACUCUCUUUGAGAUGCUCGCCACAGCAUACCCGUAUCCUCUGCGCUCGGUCGGCCUGAUACGCCGGCUGCGGCGGGUUCUGGGCCAGCAGCGGCAGAACCAGCUGCUGGAGCGGGUGGCGCUCCUGCGCGCCAAGUACGCGCAGGAUGCGCGCGAUGCGUGCAGGGCCGUGCGCGCUAAGCUAGACAGCAAACUGGCGGCGGAGAGCGGUGAAAAGCCGGCCGACGUCGGCCACGAGAAGGCUGACGCCGCCGCGGCUGAAGGCGAGGCCUGCACGGGGAGGGCGGAGACCGAUUCGGAGAAGGCAGAGGCGAGCACAACACGUCAGAAUCGCCUAGUGGUAUUGCGACCCGAGCCGGACCAGGCGCUGCGCGAUCUACCUCAUGCUAACGAACUGUACAGCAUACCCACCAGCCUGAAGCAGGCGUUGCACGUGAUCUUCGACCUUCGCAUGGAGGUGGUACGGCUGCGUAAGGUCGUAAUGCAGCGCACGAUCGCACUGGCCGAAGAACAGGUUGCGAGGGCGAACGAGGAGAUGGAGAGCACGCGGCGGGAGAGCCGCAUGCUGGACCAGCUGGACUCGGUUUUCACCCGGGUGCAGCAGUCGCGCCUGCUGCCCGGCGAAAGGCACCUGAAGUGGAAGAGCGAAGACUUCCUGCGCGCCAUCGCACUGCGCCGGCUCUGCCGCCGGAGCGCCUUCGCCUACGUGCGCAACACGUUGAAGAUCCCGCUGCCGUCCAUGCAGUCCGUGCGCUCGGUGGCGGUGCGUGGUCGGAUGCCGGUCGUCACAGAGCGCUUCGACGAGCUUGAACGGUGGUGGAAGCUACGCGACACCGGGCCGCAGAAAAAGCCGGAGCAGUCGGCGCAGAAGGAUCCGGACGGUUCGGUCGCCUCUGAGUGUGGCCCCAUGGUGUCCUCGCCGACGCCCAGUCCUAAACCGCCGGCGAGGCAGCGCAGCGGCGGUGGCGCAAAGCGAAAAGCGCGGGCCGACCGCCCAGAUGCGCCCAGCCUCAAGCGGCCAGCGAGGCUGGACAGUGGCGGCGGCACGAAGCGAAGAGCGUCGGCCGACCCGGCAGAAAAGAGACGCUCCAGACCCUGCUGGGAACCGACCAAUUCGGAAUGCGCGCCGCCGUCAGCGCCAGGUGGCGACGUCGACGGCAGAGCGAGCCACCGCCGGGGCGCGGCGCUGGCCGUGCGGAGCAGGGGCCGGCGCGGGUCGCGUGGCGGCCGAGGCGCACCGUCCAGCACGCGGCGGCCGCGCAACAGUGCCGCGCCGGCGCGAGCUCCGUCGUCGUCGUCGUCGUCGUCUUCGUCGGACGGCGACGAGCUCGACGAGAGCUGGGCUCCCCUGAAGCCGAUGCGGGGGAGGCGUUCGAGAGGUUGGAGAGGGCCCCAUCGUGUCCCUUGGAGCCUGGGGAAGUCGCCCACGGGAUCGAGGGGCCGUAAGCGGACAGUUUCGCAGCCGGAACGCAGCGACAUGCAGAGCAAAGAGGCGGUUCCAAGAGAUCACCAACAUGAGGUGACUUAGGUAAACCCUGUCAGGUGCGACUGCUCUCAACCAUACAUUGCCGUCUUGACUGCGCUUUGAAACACGCCUGUCGCGUAUGCAACCACAUAUGUUUGGUGCGCUGCUGACAUGUUUAUUAAAUGUCAUAAUUUUCUUCUUACCUUUUCGCCCUUUUUCUGAUCUUCACCCCUUCGGGGUACAGCUUCAUUUGCGUCAGAUUUGUUUGCUAUCAGACGCCUUUGCGACGCAAUGCGCGCGAUGUUGAAUGCAUCCUUUGUGUUGAUUGGCAUGUCCUUUCGAUGUUAUUUCCAGAGCGUGGACUCGCUGUCCAGCAGGUUUUUUAAGCGUUGCCUGGUUUCCAAUACAAGGUACAUUUCUAUUGGUGGGAGCUCGCCCAUAAUCCUGAAGUGCAACUCGACACUUCUUAGAGUUACUGCAGCGUGUGUGCGUGUGCAUGUGCGUGUGCGUGUGCGUGUGUGUGAGGGCAGGCUGAAUCCGCGAGGUUGGAGGGGUAAGACGUAAUUCAUACGCACUUCCGUGCAGCGCAAUGUCGCUGCCGCUAACUCUAUCGCAGUGCUGGCUAAUUCACUGACGCUCCUCUGCAUUGUUACACCGGCCAGACUCCGCUCUAGAUCGUGGAGUGGUCCGAAAGGGCACGCCUUCCGUGUCCUCAGUUGGUCAGAGAUGCUGACAUGUCCUGUAGAGAACAAACAUCAACAAAAAAAGGUAAUACCACACGCAUGUUAGUCUCCAGUGAUGUUUUUCGUGGAGAACAGAUACCAAGUACAUGGUCGGUAAGGUCAUGUUACCGCGCGACUAUGUGAUGAUGACUUAUUUCUUUCGCUCGUACCAUAGCCAAUCUGGAUAAACUUGAUCAUCCGUCCUUCAUCCGCCUUAUCCUCUGUCUUGCCUUAU